AAUACAAAAAAAAAAUCCAGGGUGAGUUCGUGUGGUUCUUGACAUUCCAACAGCGUUUGUCUGUCAUGCGAAACCAAAACAUUGAAUCUAUUUCCAAAUGAAACGAGACCGCAAAUCAUAAUCGCAGUGAACAGCAAUGGGUGUGCGAUUUUUACAAUCGUUUAUGGGGCGCCAGGUGCAGGACGGCGUAUAUUACGUUCAGAUACCACGUGAAAUACGCAAUUCGGCUGAACGGCGUAAACAAAAACCGUUAAUACUGAUUGAUCUGAUGGCUCUGCAUCAUUUGUUCAGUGGGGACAAGUGCAGCGUGUUGUGCGGAUCGCAGGUUAUGCUGUGUGAACAGCAAGCUGCCCAGUUCUUCUCCCAGUUGGUGGAAUCCGGAGCAGAGCUGGUGUUUUUUUGGGACGGCAAUGUGCAGGAAAACAAAUACGACACAUGGAUGACGCGACAAAAUGAGAAGUACACGAGAAUGAUCACUAUUAUCGAUGCAAUCAAUCGAGGGCAAGCCUUGCAGAGAAUUGCCAAAGCUCGCAGUAAUCUUAUUCCGAGCAACACGUGUAUACAGUUGAAGCUCAUAGCUGAGAGGUAUGGACGGGUCAUCGUAUCGUUUCACGCCGAAUGUGAUCAGGAAUUGGCUGCGUAUGCCUUGGAGCACGAAACGUUGGCGAUCAUUUCCAAUGAUACCGAUUUCCUCAUCUUCGAGGGCUGUUGGCAGUUAUGGUCAGCGGAUAUUAAUUUGGAAACGCUUCGCACACGCGCCUUCAGUAAGGAAGCGCUUCGCCGGAAGCUUCAAUUGAGCGUGCCUGGCAUGGCACUAUGGGCGACGCUGUCCGGAAAUGACUUUUACAACUACGAACAGUUGAAACCAUUUCACCAUACUCUUGGGUCGGAACAAGGUCGGUUUCUGAAGUUGGCACAGUACGUUCGGACGUUGCCGAGCGUAGAACAUUUCAACGACGACAACAUCCAGCAGGUCCUGCGACGUGUGUACAAAGGAAGACGGAUUCCCGACGAGGCGGUUGCGUGGUUUAAGCAAAGCUUAGACUUUUACAGAAGCGACCUACAGACGUUUCAUCGAUCGAAGCCCCCACUGGAUUCAAUCGAAACGUUUCUGCUUCAAGAAUCUCAGCACUUUAUUCUAGGAGUACUGAACGGGGCGCCCCAAAACUGCACGUUGUUUUUUUUUGACUACCGUUCCGACGACUUGGGCAAUUACUUUGAUAUCGUCGUGCCGCUAAUUGCUAAAGUUGCUGGUAUAAUUCUGUAUCAUCGUCAACACGAACGGGACCACAUUACGUUGGUUGCAAAAAAAGGACACGAAGUAGCUUAUGCCCACCAUAACAUAGCGGCAGUGUUUCCGAGCGAUAUUAACGUUCCACAUUUCAUGGACAUGCUGUCACGGGACGAUGCAAUGAUGGCAGCAUUAUUGGAGCGUAAGUUGCAGCUACUGCAAUGGGUUUGUUCAGAUGUCGUAGAGGACAACGCAUUAGCAGCAGUACCACGCGGAUUAAAGGUUACAGUACUGACACUUGUUCGAUUGGUCGAAUGUCGCAUUGUUCAUGUUUUCGAGGCCGACCUUCUUCUAUUGAUUGCUCACGAACUGCAGACUGGCCAGUUCGUGCCUUCGCGAGAGCAGUGCCCAACACAACUCAACCCGCGAGCUUUUCGUAUAGGAUUUCUGUUUCAGAAAGUUUACCAAGAAUUUGCGCGUGCCGCGCAAACUGUUGGCCUUUCAAGCGACUACCGUCCAUCAGCUCCUUACGAUGGUCAUCGUUUCCAUAACAAUUACGGUAAAUUUCAAGAUGGUCAGACAGAUGAACUGAUGAAGCCCACCGCUCUCUGGAGACUUUAUGCGGCGACUGAGAAGCACGACAAAAGCGAUCAAUGAUCAAAUCCCUCAAUUUAUGAACAAUAAUUGAGGAAACGAUCAACACAAUUUAUCACCAAUAAUUAAGGAAAACAUCGUUGGGAAACAGCUUUGAUUCAGAUGUGCCACGUUAUACUUUGUGUUUUAGUUCAAGUGAAGAAAGUUUUUAAAAUUUCGAUUAUGUUUUGUUGUUAUACUUACUAUAUCAUAAAUACAGU